GCUAUUUAAGGUUCUCCACCAGCCCCAACGAUUCCACUCACGAUUGUCAUCUGCGUGCGCGCGUACUCAUUGUAUAUUGUAUUCUUCAGAAGUAAGAUUAAAAGAGUUUCCAUACAGAAAAAUGCUGCGAAUCGUUGUAACUUUGGCUCUUAUUCUGGCCACAGUCAGUGCCACCGAUGUCAAGCAGUGCAAAAAUAAGCCGUUUCCACUGGGUGUGAAAAUUAAGGAUUGCGAGGAGCCGCCAUGCGUUGUGUACAAAGGAACCAUAGCAGUCAUGGAGGUGCACUUCCUGGGCAAUAACAACAAUAUCAAGAGCAUCACUGCCACCACAACGGCAAGGGUGUUGGGCAUGAAUCUGCCAUAUGUCCUGCCCGACGAAGUGUCCGACGUGUGCCGCAAUCUCCUGUACGGUGCCAUCUGUCCCAUCGACAAGGACGAGGAUGUCACGUAUCAGUUCAACUUCUAUGUGGAGCCCUCGUUCCCGGAAAUCACGGCGGAUGUCACGGUCACGUUGAACGAUGCCCAGAACGAAGCGAUCACCUGUUUCGUCGUGAGCUGUAAACUCCGGAGGGGAGCCACUGCAGCACAGAUGGACGGAUAUCUGUUGGACUGGACGAACCCCCUUUAAGCCGACGAUGUACGCAACUCCAGCCGUUUCGGCCGACUGAAUAUUUCCACUUGUUUGCCAAAUAAUAAACCACAAAACUCUUGCAAUGAUAAAA